AUGUAUCUGACCAAGUCGAUCACAUUCUCCGUCGCGCUGGGACUCUCGCAUGCGAUGUCAAGCUUACAAGCUCAAAAUUCGAGUUCCGAGACGCCCUCAAAUUCUACUGGAAACAAUCACAUUGUUAACGUCGCAAAAGAUGGCCUGACUUUUGAACCGCCGAAUGUGAAGGCUCAGAAAGGUGACACAAUCACAUUCGUUUUCUUCCAAGGGGGACACUCCGUCACUCAAACCCAUUUCGAUAACCCUUGCUCUGGGACAAAAUCGGCAUCAACUCCGUUGUGUCAACUUCCGCCCCCGUUGCUCAGUACAAGCGUGCCAACAGAAACCUCUGCCCAAUCAUCCUAUCCGACUAUCGCAACUCCAACUGACGUAUCUGCCACUAAUGUCACGGGUGGUACUCAACCUGCAUUACCAAGUGUGGAUACACCACCGCCUGUAUCAUCGGUAUCCGAUUACCCAACCUCCUCCUCGAACACAUCAGCUCCCCCCUCAAUUGAUAUACCUUCCUCCCCAGAUGUCCCUACUGAAACCUCGCCGACAUCUUUCCCAUCCGAAGGUCUGGGCACACCACCAAUAAUACCAGCCAAUGCAACUCCCGCUGUGAAUUGUACUUCAGGAGGUACUCCGAAUAUCACCUCGAGCGAACAACCACCACCAACUGACCCAGUUGUAGCUCCUCCAGCCGCAAAUGAAGGGAUUGUCUCUAGCGUGAGCUCUGGAAUGGGUACCGGAAUGGAUACACAACCUCCCCAAGUUUGCGAUGCGAAGUGUAUUGAAGUGACCGGUGCAUGUCAGAUGUCUGCUGAUUGCACACUUCAGCAACAAUCGCCCGUUACCACUAAGUGUAAGAUCGAAGAUGGGGUCUGUAAGAUUUGCGGUCAAAACACGAACGCAAACUCAAGUCAGAACCCCGAUUCAAAUGCCAACGCUGAUACGACUUCCUCUGACGAGACCGCCUUGACACCACCUGCCGAAGUGAACAGUGGCAAUGCACCUCCUCAAGACGGUUCGGUAAACCACUGGCGUCAAAAACGCAGCUCAGAGCUACACCCGAUCUCCCGCCGUCAAGCUCAGAUCGACGGAGCCAGCAUGUUUCCUCAAGAAACGCCUAACGAUCCCAACAACAAUGCAAUCGCAGCUCCCGUGAAUCCAACAUUAUCUGAUCAAACAGCUGCCAAUCCUACUGACCCUUCGACACCAUCGACCACCAAUUAUACCGACCCUUCGACACUAUCGCAAGAUGGCCCAGGUCUGGACUCGGGCUUAGUCAAAGUCGAUGACGCCUCAAAAUCCACCGGAAUUCAAUGGAAAAUCACAAUCACAGAUGACAGCAAACCUCUUUGGUUUAUGUCGGCCGGUCAGAACGACUGCACAAGUGGAAUGGUUUUCGCUGUCAACGCGCCAGAAUCAGGUCAUACAGCUUCGGAGUUUGCUUCUAUCGCAAAGACCAGUACUUGUGCUAGUCCCUAUCCUUCUUGUACCAAACUCUCAGGAGACGGAGCAACAGCAUCAAGUCCACCUCCUAAAUGUGCUGCUUCAGCACCACCACCUGAUCAAAACGGCACCAUCACAUCUGGGAGCCCUCCAACUGACCCGACCGUACCACUUACUCCUUCGAGCAAUGAUACCGCGCCUCCUUCGAGCAAUGAUACCGCGCCUCCUUCGAGCAAUGAUACCGCGCCUCCUUCCAACAAUGAUACCGCGCCUCCUACGGUUGUUUCCGCUACUGGGACCAACCCACCACCAGCCACUCCUCCAGCUCAAACUUAUCCGCCUGUUGCCAAUGCAUCAAGCGGAGGUGACAGUACCGGUGAACAAUCCAGCAACGGGACUUCAAGCUCAACCAAGCAUUUUGAGGGUGUAUUUGGGAUGGAAAUGGAUCCCUGA